AUGAGAGGCAUUGUAAUGAUCAGAGGCCAAGCAUACGUACAACUUCUGGAUGAUAUCAAUAUCAAAGAUCCAGAAGCGAUCCGCCGUGUUGUCAGACAAGCUGUUACGCUUCCACCGAUUGACGAAGUUGCGAAACAAGGAAUUAAGAUAUGCGUAUCUGGGCCUAUGUCAAGCUUACUUGGUACUUCAACUCUGAGCCUUACUUGGGUUGAGCAACAAGCUGCGAACGACAUUCAGAAGCUAUGGAAACGUGGAGAAAGAUAUCAAGUUCAUAUCAAACGCUUAAUCCAAGAUUGUGAUGUGACAAAGGCAGAUUUUCUGGUUGUGAAAGGGGUAGAAAGUGCGCGAAAGUUUUGUUUACAGGCUCAGGAUGAAGAAAGGAAAAACGAGGAAGAUCGUAGCCUUGUACAGCCUGACGCUGAAUAUUGUCAAGAUCUUUUUGACAAGGAGGAUGAUCAAAAGUUACCUCGAACACCAAGCGAUGCAUACAAACAAGUGAAAAGAAGUGUUACUGACCAUCUCAGAGAAGGGUCCACUCCAAAUAAAAGGCAAGAAAGAAACCAAAGUGAUGCCGUGCAAUCUCUUAUGAGAAGUGUUUCAACUGAAAUACAGGACUUUGACAAUCAGGAGAGUCGAAUUGAAUUUACGCCUGUAAAUAAGCCGGGCACUAAUGGAAUUAACAAUAGUGAAAAGCAGUCUGGCAAGCCUAAGAACACCCCUGGAACUCGAAUGGUGAACAGUCUAAGAGAUCACAACGCAGUUAGUGCUACCAAAUCAGGAAAGAAAAAGCAAACGUCAGUUCGUCUAACAAGAAAUUCUCUGAAGAGAGGUGAGAAUAGUGGGAUUGGAACAAACGAAAUCGUUCCAUCCCUCCAAUUUAACUCCCGACAUACUGAUUCUACUGGGAGUCAAAAUCCAAGUAAUGCUUUAACUAAAGAACUGGCUGAUCAUAAUAAACGUGGGGAGAAUGAAGGAUCAUCGCCGAUUGGUAGAAUAAAGGAGCGUCAAUAUGUAGAGCAGCAGCCAGAGCCGAUCAUUGGUAGCGAAAAUGAUGUCUAUACUCCUCAAAAACGAACCACACCGUAUAAAAGGAAGGGAGGUCAUGGAGGUGCAAGACGCGGGCUAGCCUGGGAGAAACGGAGGAGCGGAAAAGAGAACGAUGAUCGUUCUUCCAGUCAUAGGAGUCAAGAGGACCAGUUGGGCAGUGAGAGCAACCCAAUUGGAAUAGGAGAUGGUUCAGAUAAUGAAACUGGGGUGCAUGGGCAACUAGAUAACCAGGAAGAAGAUGUUGAGAUGAAGGAUAUGCAAUAA